AUGAGCACAUCGUCUGCGAUCGUCAACGCGGACAAAUCGCCGGAGCCUGUCGGCGAAACACUCGAAGACGGUUCGCACACUGACGAGUGCACAAGUGACUUGGCUGUCAAGGUCGGGAGUACCUAUGACGAGGACGAUGAUCCUAAAAACUGCCGGUACACAACCACGAAGAGUAAUCUCUGGGACAGACUGUUCUUUGGAUUUCUCACUCGAGUCGUCCUCCGGGGCGCGAGGCAUCAGCUCGAAGCGAAAGAUCUCCUUCCUUUGCACACGUUGUUCACAGCCAAAGAGACGGCUGCUAGAAUCCUGCGUCUAUGGAACAAGAGACAUGCGAGAAAAAGACCACAAAACGCCGAUGAAGAAACUCCCGAGACGGAUGACGCUACCCUUAUCCGCCCUGAAGGCACGAAGAAGUCCGUCAGCAUGUUUUCCGUUAUAUUUGUAGCCUUUUGGGCUGACUUACUCUUCGCAGCCAUCUUGUAUUUCCUCGCUUCGUUCGUGUAUUUGGUCCCACCGUUCCUCAUUGGGAGCCUGGAUGAUUUCUUGAACAAGAAAAACCCGCCAAUAACAGAAGGUCUCUACAUCGCGGGAGUACUCUUAGCAUCCCAACAAAUAUUCUCGAUCUUGCGGUCGCACACUUUCGGCACCCUAUUCAAUGUGGGCAUCAAGCUCAAAUCGGGCUUAUCAUCUGCAAUAUACCAAAAGUGUUUAAGACUGUCAUCAAAGUCUUCGAAAGAGUAUCCGACCGGCGAUAUAGUGAGUUUGAUAACGAUCGAUGUCGACAUCAUCCAAUGGGCUAUGAUUCAGUCCAAUUAUGCCUGGGGAGCGCCCGUAUCGGUAGUAUUGACCUUCGCCCUCAUAUACCAAUACCUCGGGGUAUAUUGCUUGGCUGGGGCGCUUGCGAUCGUGGCAUUCACGCCCGUGAUCGUCCUCAUGACGAAAAUCGAGAGCGCUCUGCAAACGAAACACAUGAAGAAGAAAGAUCAGCGAAUCGAGAUGGUGACUGAGGUUUUCAACAAUGUCAAGGUCAUCAAAUUGUAUGCUUGGGAGAACUCUUUCAUGCAAAAAAUUCGCAAGCUCAGAGACCAGGAAUCCCGGCUGAUGUACAUUUAUCUCGGAGCUAGCAAUGCAUUCGGAUUCACUUGGAAUUGUUAUCCGUUUUUCGCGUCCUCAACCCGAAGACUCGUCCUGGUUUCGAUCGCAUAUUUCAAUUCUCUCAGGGACAAUCUGAUCACGUUUCCGUAUUCGGUCUCCUCGCUGGCCAAAGCUUUCGUCUCAAUGCGGCGGAUUCAAGGCUUUCUCGAAGCCGAUGAAGUCGAUCCGAGCAUCAUGAAAGAAGAACUCAAAGCCGAUGAGGACAUCUCAUUCCGGAACGCCAGCUUCACGUGGGGAGAUGACGAGAAUCCCGUUCUGAAGAAUCUCAAUUUUUCCAUAAAGAAAGGGGAACUGGUCGCCGUCGUAGGUUCCGUGGCUGCCGGGAAAUCAUCGCUCAUCCAGGCGAUCAUCGGUGAACUCAUUCCCACCUCUGGGUCAGUCAGCCGGAGAAAAGAGAUCGGCUACGUUCCGCAACAAGCCUGGAUUUUGAACAGCACGGUACGGAAAAACAUCCUCUUCGGAUGCGCCUACGCAGCUCGAAGAUACCGGGAUAUCGUGAAGAAAUGUUGUCUGCUCCCCGAUUUGAAAAUCCUCCAAGCCGGUGAUUCGACGGAAAUCGGGGAAAAGGGAGUAAACCUGUCCGGAGGCCAAAAGCAAAGAGUCUCUCUUGCGAGGGCGGUUUACCUGGAUGCUGAUAUCUAUCUUCUGGAUGAUCCGCUCAGUGCUGUGGACGCUCACGUAGCUUACGACCUAUUCAAUGACGUGGUCGGCCCGAAAGGUAUCCUCAGCGGGAAGACGCGUAUUCUCGUCACCCACUCGGUCGCCGUUCUGCCCCAUGUAGACAGGAUCAUUGUCUUGGAGGACGGAGAGGUCACACAUCGGGGCACGUAUGAUGAGAUCAUGAGCCAAAACGUUCGCCUCAAGGAGCUCGUCGAGACACAUGCGAACACGGGCAGCGAGAACUCCGUCCACGAUGAGGUUUCACGAGGCAGCGACGAGCCGUCUACAAGAUUCCGAAAACGCACGCGGUCGGUCGACAGCGUCUCUUCGAAUGUCAGCGGCUGCGUAGAGCGCCAAAUGCCCGACAUUCCUUUCGGGAAACUCAUCGAGGAAGAAGAAAUGGAGGUUGGCGUGGUUCGAUGGAGAGUUUAUUUCGAGUUUCUGUGGCAUUUCGGUAUCAUCGGAACUAUCCUGGGGCUCACUUGUUAUGCCCUCUCCAAAGCUGCCGAUCUCUGGUCGCUUCUUUACAUAACGACCUACAGCAAAGAGAUAGAGAUAAAGAACGGAACUACCCCAGAGGACAUGUGGUCCCACAUGCAAAUAUACAUCGCCAUAGGAUCUUCCCAAGGCGUAGCGAUGCUGGCUGCCCUUACAGCCCUCUCGUUGGGCUGCAUCUGGACUUCGACAUCCCUCCACAACAAGAUGCUCGACGCGGUGAUGAAAGCUCCCAUGAGUUUCUUCGAUGCCACGCCAACGGGUCGAAUUCUGAACCGGUUCAGCAGAGACGUCGAUGAGCUCGACGUCAGCCUUUAUAGGAACGCCGACGGCUUCAUAACAACUUGGACGGUUUUGCUGGUCACCUUGAUUUAUAUCUGCAUACACCUACCGUAUGUCCUGAUAUUCUUGAUACCCCUAUUCGCCUUUUUCCUGGGCAUUCAGAGAUUCUACGUGGCCUCAUCAAGGCAAAUCAAACGCUUGAACGCGGUGACCAAAUCUCCAGUCCUGAAUUGCUUCAACGAAAGCAUAGCGGGAACCACGAGCAUACGCGCCUAUAACGUCCAGAAUAGUUUCAUCAGUAAGCACAUGAGGCUUCUCGACAACAAUCAGAACUGUCUCUUCCACGAAUUCAAUGGCUACAGAUGGCUUGCCAUCCGGCUCAAUGUAGUGGGAUCAUUCAUCGACGUGGCAGUCUGCGGGAUGCUCAUCUAUUUCCGAGGCUCGAUGCCCACCGAGAUCGCUUCUCUGCUGUUCACCUGUUCCCUUCGAGCCUCUGAUGCUUUCGCGUGGAUCGUGAGAAUGGGUGCCCAGGUUGAAAACUCCUUGGUCUCGGCCGAGAGAGUUAUGGAUUACACCAAGACGAAACCGGAAGCUCCUUGGUAUCUCGACCGAGAGCCCGAACCUGAAUGGCCCUCAGAAGGCCAGGUGCGUUUUGAAAAUUAUUCGACGAGGUAUAAAGAAAACCUCGACCUUGUUUUGAAGAAGAUAAACCUCGAGAUCCUGUCCGGGGAGAAGGUUGGCAUCGUCGGACGCACAGGAGCGGGAAAAAGCUCCCUCACGCUGGCCCUGUUGCGAAUUCUCGAAGCAGUCGAAGGCAAGAUAACGAUCGACGGGACCGACAUCUCCGAAUUGGGUCUCAAUGCUCUCCGAUCCAGAUUAGCGAUCAUUCCACAAGAUCCAGUUUUGUUCGGUGGGACUCUGAGAGAGAACGUCGACCCAGAAGAGCGGUACUCGGACGAAGCACUUUGGGCUGCAUUGGAAAAAGCUCAUCUGAAAAGCGCGGCCAAGCCGCUGUCGCACAAAAUCGAAGAAGGGGGCUCGAAUCUCUCUGUCGGCGAGCGGCAGCUCGUUUGUCUAGCUCGAGCGCUUCUGAGGAAUUCAAAAAUCCUCAUUCUCGACGAAGCUACCGCCGCCGUCGACUUGGAGACGGACGCGCUCAUCCAGAAGACGAUCAGACAUGACUUCGGAGGCAGUACCGUCAUAACAAUCGCUCACAGAUUGCACACAAUAAUGGAUUACGAUAAGAUCGUCGUUCUGGACCAGGGAGAAAUCAGAGAAGUCGGUUCACCCAGAGAACUCCUUCAAGAUCCAGACGGAGUCUUCAGCUCGAUGGCCAGAGACGCGAAUAUCCGAAUCGAUUCGUGAAGCGGCAUCGUGGUUGCUCAUUCAUGUGAUUCUUCCAGGACCGGCCUCAGAGGUCGAGCAAACGCGCUGCUCGAAAUAAGUCGGAUUUCCUCCGAUCCCAUUUACGUACAUUCAAUCGAGCGCGAUGACGGGCGGAGUCGCGGGUUCCGACUCGAGCCACGCAAAGAUCAUGAAUAAAUUGAAAAU